CUACUUUUCAAGAUGCUGUCUAGAGGCUGAGUCUCCUCUAAAUUAUGAGGCCCUGGGCUGCAGCCCACUCAGCCCAUAUGUAAAUCUGACACUGUCUACUCCUUAUGCCAACAAAAGUUGUGGUGACCAUUGUGCGCACUCUGAAAUGUGUGAUAUUUCCUGAGGGCAAAUCCACACUUGCAGGAUGACUGAACGAUAAAGGUGGGGCUGCUUACUGAAAGAGAUUUAUUGAGCCCAAUCAAAUGUGAGUAACGUUUUAACUGAGCUGUUUAAGCAGAUAUUUAUCUACCAGCCUGUCUUCUGGUUUAUAUUAUCCUUUUGCUUAAUUUUGUUUACACAUCGUAACCGACGCAGCUUAUUUUAGAUACGUAUAUGCUGAAUAUAAUACAAGACUGUUCUUAUAUUCUUUUCAUUGCCUUUGCAUUUGCUUCAGGUGUUUCUCACAUUUCUUGUUCCUCAUCCUGAUGCGUUUUGAUGCCUACCUCGGCAGCAGCUGUUCGGGGCACACCUAACGAAGCAGCAGACUCCAGAUGAACCCGGGCGACAAACAGUUCUGGUCUCGACUCUGUCUUUCUGUAACAUGUCCUUCAAUUUACGGCUUCGGAAGCAGAGCUUAGCGCUGACUGUCUGCGUGGUUUUCCUUGUUAGUCUCACUCUUUCGCUGCUACAGAGGGCAACCAGAGAGAAGACUAAAUUAGGACAAUUAUCAAAGUGCCGGGAAUUGAAUCGGUUAUUUGAAGUAAGGGAAUUCUCUCAGAGUGCUCAAUUCAGCAAGACAGCCAGCGAUGAGAAGCGGGUUCGUGUUGUCAAAACGUGGAAACUUCCUCAAAAAGAUAAGGGCAUUCUGGAGCAUGUGCUACUCACUCAGGAGUGCCCUUGGGAACCCAAUCCUGCAGCAAUGGCCCAAUACAGGGCAGAACUGGGCCAAUGUUGCAAUGCUUCCUUCUCAAUAGUCUUGACCAAGGAAAACACCCCGCUGGGAUCAAGCAUCACCUUUGACGGAAUGAAAGGAAAGGCGUUUCCGGCGAGCGCUAAGCUGGUGGAUUUGCUGCCAGAGAGGUCACCCUUCCCAGACUCCCAGUAUAGGCACUGUGCUGUAGUGGGCAAUGGUGGGAUUCUACGAAACAGCAGCUGUGGUCAGGAGAUUGACCGGGCAGAUCUAGUAAUCAGAUUCAACCUGCCUCCCAUGAAUUUCUCUGAAGACGUGGGAACCAAGUCAGACCUGGUGACUUUAAACCCCAGCAUCCUUAAUGAAAACUUCCAAAGACUGUCGGACCGCCGGAAGCCUUUUGCCGAUUCCCUGCGCCUUUAUGGGGGCGCUUUCUUCCUCAUUCCUGCCUUCUCCUUCGUGGGACACACCGAUGUCAGCUACCGUGCCCUGUAUACCAUGGAGGACUUUGGCUUGGCUCAGAGAGCUCUGUUCCUGAACCCCCAUUACCUGGCCCCACUGGGUAGCUACUGGAAGUCGAGGGGCUUAGGGCCCAAACGCCUCUCUUCCGGCUUCAUGUUCACUAGUAUGGCUCUGGAGUUGUGCGAGCGCAUCACUCUCUACGGAUUCUGGCCUUUCCAACACGACCUGGAGAACCAGCCCAUUCUCCACCAUUACUACGACAACAGGCUGCCCAAGCAGGGAGUUCACGAGAUGCCAAGCGAGUUUUCCCGAUAUCUAGACAUGUAUGCCCAGGGGUUGCUGCGCUUACGGCUUGGCAAGUGUCCGUGAGAGGGGAGCUUCCAUCUGAAUGGGCAAGGGGGUGAUCGGGUGUCUCCUGAGCCGUGGAAGAAAGGGCGGCACAAAUAAUGGCACCAGGUUGCAAAGCUCAGCGAAGCCGGAAGGCAGCAGUACAGACCACCCAAAGGAGUGUUUUGUCGACACAAUUGAAGGCCGCUCAUUCAAAUCGAAAGACCUUUCCCACCCCCCCCCGGAUGUCUUAAGGAACACGAGUGAAAUUCCUCUAAGAACAGGAGGCUUGUCUGUGUCCCAGGAUCAGUAGACUGAGUGAUAGAGUGUGGUUAGAGUGUGGCGCUGAUAAUGCCAAGGUCAUAAGUUUGAUUCCCCUAUGGGACUCCUCCCUGCUUCUGCAUUGCUGGGGGUUGUGCUAGAUCAGGCAUCCCCAGCCUGUGGCCCUCCAGAUGUUUUGGCCUACAACUC